CGCCGCGGUCCCUCCUUCCUCUCCGGCUGCGGGGCUGCGCCCGCCGAUGUGACCCCCCUUUAUUUUCCUUUUUUUUUUUUUUUUGGAAGAUGGGGGUCUUCGUGGCGUGGGUCGGGGUCGCCUUUUCUGUGUUCUGCGUGCAGCAGGGGGUCUCCUCCCAAGCAAAAUUCACUGAGUUUCCCCGCAACGUGACGGCCACCGAGGGGCAGAAUGUGGAGAUGUCGUGCGCCUUCCAGAGCGGCUCGGCCUCGGUGUAUCUGGAGAUCCAGUGGUGGUUCCUGCGGGGUCCCCCGGGCCCGGAGCCCGCGGCCGAGGUGGCCGGCGCCCAGGCCGAGCUGCUGCCCGACCGCGACCCCGACAACGACGGCACCAAGAUCAGCACAGUGAAGGUCCAAGGCAAUGACAUCUCCCACAAGCUCCAGAUCUCCAAGGUGAGGAGGAAGGACGAAGGCCUGUACGAGUGCAGGGUGACGGACGCCAACUACGGAGCGCUGCAGGAGCACAAGGCGCAGGCCUACCUGAAGGUCAACGCCAACAGCCACGCGCGGCGCAUGCAGGCCUUCGAGGCCUCGCCCAUGUGGCUGCAGGAUAUGAAGCCCCGCAAGAACGCCUCAGCCGCCGCCGUGCCCAGCAGCGCCCACAGCCCCGCCGGCCAGCGGGUGCCCUCCACCGCCAGCCCUCACGCGGUAGCCAAAAUCCCCAAACAGAGUCCGCAAUCAGGUGCCAGGAUAGCUACAAGCCAUGGACUUUCUGUCCUGCUUCUUGUUUGUGGCUUUGUGAAGGGUGCUUUGCUUUAAUCUAAAGUGCUGACUUUUUUCCAAUAUCACUUUCUCUUCUUAAAGCAAAGAGCAAAUCGCCUGUAAAACCUACGGAGCGGACAGCAAAGUUGACCCUAAACACCAAGCACCACCACGCACCCACUGUAGCCUAAUUCCCCAGACCAGGAGCACCUGCUUCCGGAGCAUUCCUGAAGAGACCCUCACACGCUCUGUCCAUAAUGUUUUCUUGGGCAAAAACCCAUGAGCUUUCAUUUCAAGAGAAUUAGUGUGAAGUGAUAGGACGUGUUCCGAUAGCAACAUCUAUUUUCCCCCCUUUCCUUCCGGAUACUGACAGCAUCCUCUCACGGAGCAUUCAGGGGUUGGCCUGGACCUCGUCGGGAUAGUAAAUAUUUACCAUGGAGAUCACCACUUCCCACUGAAAGACCCAUCGUUUCAGGGAGCCAACGUCAAUCAGAAGACUCCAGGACACACAAACCAUCACCAGACGACACCCCUGUUUUGGGGGACAAGAACAAAAUCAUCAACACUGCGAGACAACAAGGAGAACCUUAUUUUAAAUAAGAAAUUAAAAAAGAUAAUAAUUUUUUUUUUAAUUUUCCCUUUUUUCUUGGAUUUUUCUCCUUUUUCUUGAUUACAGUCCUUGUUCAAUGGUGACAAGUCCCUGAUUACGGCCAAUCCCUGUCAAUCCUGGGAGCUUUCUGGAAAUGCAUUUUGGGUGUUCCAUAUCUCAAUGUAUUUUAAUUCAUUUUGCAAUCCCUGUAUAUGCAAACUGGACAAAUUCUGUAAAUCGCUUCUAGUAUGUGUGAUAUAACUUCAAAGUAGAUAGACUAUGACCUUCAUGCAAGCUGAUUUUUAUCAUUGUAUCUAUAAAUAUACACAUACAGAGAGCCACAUGUUGGAUCAUCAACCAACCAACGUUUCUUUUGACAGAGCCUUUGUUUCUCACUUAUGACUCACGGGUUGUGUGGAUUCUGAAAUGCCUUGUUUCACAGCCACAGGCCUGAUAGCUGCGGGUGGCCUGUCGGCUUCUCCUUCCUCCUGGAAAAUGCAUAUUCAAGAUUGUAUUGGUCUCUGAUACAUGAAUUGCUUCUGCUGUUUGUAUGCUUGUUGGGAUUUGCUAUGUUUCUUCAUAUAUGGUGUGUGUUGAGGUUCGAGGGUCUGGGCUCAAGAAUGUACACUCCCUGGUUUGAUGGCGGUCCCCGGUCACAGUCAUCAUUGUGAUUGUCAGAAAGCAAUGUUGCUCCUAGAAAGUCUGCCUCAGAGGUGGCUGUGGAGGAGAAGAUGAGGUGGCCACCCUCACUCCCUGACUUCCUGGAACAACGCUUCCUGCUGUGACUAACGCUGUGCUUCCUUUGACCUUGAUGAAUUUUUGUAGCUUCAUCGCUCUGUUAUUUGCUCUGAGUUAUCUCUUAAUGUUUCCUAAUUAAAAGUUAAAAUGUGUUUGUUGGCUCGAUAGAAUAUGCAAAAGAUGACAACACAUGUGUUCAGUUUCUGUUUUGUUUUUUACUUAACUGGGUUAUUAUUUUAAACAUUCCAUUCUUGAUUUUGGUUUAUGAUCACUUAGACUAUUUUAUUUAGAACCUGUUUCCUACUCUGGCAAAGAAUGAUGGGCAGAACUGGUGGUGUGGGCCGAAUCCGCCAUGGAUGGAUGCGGGUUGAGAUAGCAAUGAUCUGAGUUUCCCUUCCAGAGCGAUCCUUCCUUUUUUGUUUUUGUUUUUCCAUCACAAAACCAGAAGACACUCAGCUCCCAGCCCAAGGUCCUAAACUGAAGCUUGAAGGCAAUGAAUACCUCUGCUUUUUGAAGGUAAAUGCAUUGAUUUUCUGCAAUUCGAUUACAGGCAAUGUGCAUAUUUUCAUAAUAUUCUUGACAUUAUCUACUGAGAAUUAAUGCUUCAUGCUAAAUCUUUGAUUGACAUUUUCCUUGUUCAUUUGGUUUAUUAUUUCGGUCUAAUGAAAAAUAAAUAAAUAAAGGAUUUGAUUGCACUAUUUUA